AGUACUUUCCAUAAUAUUACAAGAAGAUUAUUAAAAAGCUGAAUAAAAAUGAAGGAUAUAGGAGUGAAAAUGUUCGCGAGAGUAACUUUUUACCCGACGUUAUUAUAUAAUAUUUUAAUGGAAAAAAUAACGUCGAGAAAUUGGUAUGAUAGAAUCGACGAGACUGUAAUUUUGGGUGCAUUACCUUUUCGAUCUAUGACAAAACAGUUAGUUGAGAAGGAAAAUAUGAAGGCAGUAGUUUCUAUGAAUGAAGAUUAUGAAUUAGCCUUAUUAUCUAAUUCAGAAAAGGACUGGAAGAAAUACAAUGUGGAAUUUCUACAAUUAUCGACAACAGAUAUUUUUGAAGUACCUUGCCAAAAAAAGUUAAAAAUGGGUGUAGAUUUUAUAAAUAAAUUUCGUUGUACAGAUAGAACAUUAAAAAAUGAUAAUCAUAAUGAUGAUACCAAAGAAACACCAUCGGUUUAUGUUCACUGUAAAGCAGGUAGAACACGUAGUGCAACACUUGUUGGAUGUUAUUUAAUGAUGAAAAAUGGUUGGGUUCCUGAAGAAGCAAUGGAUUAUAUGAAAAGUAAAAGACAACAUAUAUUACUUCAUAGUAUCCAACGGCAUGCAUUAAGACUUUUUUAUGAAACACAUGUACAAAAUCAAAAGCAAUAAACAAUAUUAAAAUUUAAUCAUGUAUAAUGUGCAGAGAAAUAAUUUAAUAAAACAAUAUUUAAAAUCUA